AUGGUAUGGCUUGUGCGCGACCGUAGUGGUGAACACCGUAGUAAAGCAACAGUUAGGAAAGCUGGUAGCAAAAAAAUCGGCUGCCCAUUUUCAUUACUCGCCAUCCGGGACGUGACGAAUGACAAGUGGGAGUUAAAAGUGGACUGUGCGAACCAUAACCACGAACCUACGACGAGUCUGUUGGGCCACGCUUUUGUGCGAAGAUUUACUAAAGCCGAAUACAAGCUAGUGGAGCAGCUAACUGCUCAAAACAUGGAGCCACGUAUCAUAUUUCAAACCCUAAGAAAGCAGUUCCCCGACAGCCUGCACGUUCAGAAAGACGUGCAAAAUGCGGUACAAAAAAUUAGAGCGACAAUAAUGGACGGAAAGAAUCCUAUUCAGGCACUGGAAAACCUGCUGCAUGACCGCCGAUUCAUUUACGACACCCGACAAGAUCCCAAAACAGAUGUCGUAAUAGAGAUUUUCUUUGUUCAUCCUUAUUCAAUCACUAUGUGGCGUGCAUUCCCGCACGUGAUGUUGAUCGACGCGACCUACAAAACAAACCUCUACAACAUGCCAUUUGUCCACGUUGUGGGUAUGACGUCGACUGGGAAGUCUUUUUGUAUCGCACAUGCCAUUAUUUGUAAAGAACGAAGGGGUAACUACGUGUGGGUGCUUGAGCGGAUCAAGUCAAUAUUGCAUGAAUGUAUGAUGCCGCGUGUGAUAGUCACGGAUAGGGAGCUUGCCCUAAUAAACGCGUGUUCUAAAGUAUUCCCGAACGCAAAAAGGCUUCUAUGCCACUUUCACAUCCAACAAAAUAUAGCUAGAAAGUGCAAGUCAGGGUUCGAUAAAGAAGAUUGGGGGAAAUUUAUGUCGUACUGGCGGACAUUGUGCGAAUCUUCAUCAGAGUCCAUGUACAAGUACAACUUGGAGAAAAUGUAUAACCGACUCGUGGUUGCCAACCGAGAAAGUGUCUAUGGUUACGUCUACGAAAACCGGCUCAAAGACUAUAAAGAAAUGUUCGUUUAUGCGUGGACCGAUAAGUGUCGCAACUUUGGUCAGCGCACCACCAACAGAGUUGAGAGCCAGCACGCAAAUUUAAAAAGAUACAUUACGCGUGGGAGUUCAUUGGAGCGAAUAGCAAGAUGCAUCAUUGAUAUAGUUGAAACUCAGUACGAUGAAAUACAAAAAAGUUUCACUGAGAGCAUCGAAAAAACGAUGAACCACCACAGACACCGAAUGUUGGACAACCUACGUGGAAAGGUUUCCCAUGAAGCACUUGAUUUGCUGGAAAAAGAGCUACUGAGGAAGAUGGAUGUGUUGCAGAAACUUAACGCAUCAUGUGGUUGCCAUAUGUGGCUUAGCAAAGGAUUGUCGUGUGCUUGUAGGCUGGAAAACUACCAACGGCGUAUAAUACAACUCGACGAGAUAGAUGUAUUCUGGCGUAAGCUUGACUUGCUCCCGUGUAAACUGGUAGACGAGGAGGUCGAUAUUGUAGCAGAGCUCAAUAAUGUGCGGCAACAUUUAGAGGCGCAGUCCCCCGUUCAGCAAAAGAGUAUGCUUUCAAAGAUAAAAGCGGUCUUCACCCCGAAAUCGUCAACCAAGAAACCACCGAUCGUCCAGCAAAAUACUCGCGGUCGGCCUACAUCAAAGAAAGUACAAGAAAGGCUAGAUGAAGCUGCGAGGUUAGACGAAGCUGCGAGAUACAGCUCCUAUGGCGAGGACAGCAACAUAAUUACCGCUUCCCCCAAACAUAGGUACGAUUUACCCCGACACAGCUCAUACGUACCGUCAGAGGGCUCUCGUGGAACUGGUUCGUUUGUGAAGUCUGAAAAACCUAAAAUGCAACCAAACAGUUCAACAAGUUCUAAAAAGAAGGAGACGCGGGAUGAUAAGGUUUUUCCAUUAAUAAAGGGGGACGAGCACUUGUUAUGCAUUAAGAGGUUUAAGAAUCAAAUUCCAUCAGAGUUUCGCUCUUACAUAUCGCGUAUACAAGAUGUGACCCCAUACGGUCAUUGUGGGUACAGGUCUGUGGCUGUCGGGUUAGGUUUUACGGAACACGCAUGGCCCAAUAUUCGAAGAGAUUUACUACUGGAGAUUGACCAUAACAAACCGCGUUGGAAGCAUGUAUUCGAAACAUAUAACGAAGGAGACUUUAAACGAAUACGUAAGAGCAUCGAAUGGCAUUCAGUGAAAGGGUGCGAUGAAAGUCACUGGAUGGAAAUGCCCCAGGUAGGGCUUCUCGUAGCGCAAAGAAAAAUGGAGGAAAUAGAUUUAGAAGGAGAUAUUCCGGAGCAGCCGCAGCGGAAACGGCGGGCGCGUCCACCGCCGGAUCCUCUAGAGAAUCACCCAUAUUUGGAGUUUCCUCCGGAGUCCGAGGCUGCUCUCCGUUGCGAGAAGCUUCGGAAGAUGCAUAUUGGUGAACAUUUUGCGGUUUCGUGGAAAACCCUCCGGAAGCUUGAGGUUGAAGAUUGGGUGCGGGGGUUUGUUCCCGUUGAUUCACCGUGGGAUCGUCUGUUUGAGCUCUCGUUUACGCCGACCUACAGGGAGAUACUAGUCGAGUUUCUGUCGUCGUUCGAGUUUCAUCCUCGUCGGCCAAAUGAGGUUGUGGACCCCGCGCAGCCCCCUCCCCCGCCCGAGGUUUCUUUUCGCAUGGCUGGCCAGGCGCGCGAAAUGUCACUUGCACAGUUUGCGGUGCAUAGCGGUUUGUAUACGGAGGCUGAGAUCGCUACGGAUCUUUAUACGAAGAUUUAA